CCAAGUAACGACGAACAAGACAAGACAUGAGCAUGAUGAUCAGAGAAUAACCAGUCGAUCGAGAUGCCUUGCUUUACGACAACUUCAACAUGGGCUACAGACCUGAAAAUAGGGCUCGAAUCCAAGCAAUACGUGGUCCAACUCAAGCGACAAGUGGGCUGCUGUAGAGAAGAUUAUCAGAUCUUUGUCAACGGCAAAGAAUUGCAAGAUCAUGGGCUGACUUUCACCCCUUGUGGUCCACUCUGCUCUUCCGGAGGAACAUACGAAUGGGUGCAUGAAGGACACCACUUUCAUAUUAUGGAUGAAAGUCUGUCGUGGAGGAAAAUAGAUAGACGUUUCAGGCUGUUUGUAGAUGGUAUAGACGUCGAUACAGGACUAGAGUUUGCAGCGUUUUGGCGUAGAAGAGGCAUUCAACUAGUUGUCCUCGGCUCUGUCUUCAUAUUUCUUGCAGCAUUGGUAUACAUUCUCGUUUUCGCGGUCUUCAAAGUGCAUACGAAGUAUCUUGGCAGCAUGUCAGGCGCGAAUGUGCUGUUUUGUUUUGGCGUCGCCUUUAUUAUCACUGCAGUGAUUGUGUUCAAGAAAUACUCUCAACCAAAGUCCUAUCCUUCUUCAUCAUCCUGGUCAAAUGUGGAUUACCAAUCCUUUAGGAAUGUUUGAGAGACUUUGAGAUAAAGACGGUCAGUUGUGGCACGAAAAAAAUGUA